UUACGCAAGUCGUCAGGACGUGUUCUCCUUCUCCCCAGUUGGUCCCUCCACACUCCCUCCACCUCUCUCUCUCUCUCUCCAUGUUUGACCUCUGAUACCACAGAGAGACAGACAGAGCAACCACAUUGUGCGGACUCCAUUACCCUUUUAUGCUCAACAUAUUUGAUUCAUAGUCUCAAUACUUGCCUCCCAAUCCCCAUAUCUUCCAUUGCCCAAAUGAGCUUAAAGAAGAAGGUGAAGAUAUUCAAGUUGUGGGCAACUCUCGCUUUAGCCACUGUGGGUUUGAGUUUGGUGGGGUUGGUCCGAUGCCAAGAUGUGAAUGACUACAAUAGCCAGUUCGACAACCCUGCGGCUCUUCGGCUUAUCACAUCGGUCGUCUACAGCAAGGUUUCCAAUCUGACGGCUGCCAUUGGUCAGGAUUUCAGCAACCGCUCCAGCUUCUGCAUUAAGGAUUGGGAUGCUGAUUGGAACCGAGCAUUUAACUUUUCAUCCAACUUGGACUUCUUGGCUUCUUGCAUUCAAAAGACCAAUGGAGACAUUACACGGCGGUUGUGCACAGCAGCGGAAAUAAAGAUUUACUUCAAUAGUUUCUUUGAAGGAUCUGAAAGUGUAAAUUACCUAAAACCUAAUAAGAACUGUAAUUUAACCUCGUGGGUUUCUGGUUGUGAGCCAGGAUGGGCUUGUAGUGUUGGCCCAGAUCAGCAGGUUGACCUUAACAAUGCAAAGGUCAUCCCUUCAAGAACUCUCGACUGCCAUGCUUGUUGUGAGGGUUUCUUCUGUCCUCAUGGUAUUACGUGCAUGAUACCUUGCCCACUAGGUUCCUAUUGUCCCCUUGCUAUGCUCAACAAAACAACUGGUGUUUGUGAACCAUAUCUGUACCAACUACCUCCAGGGAUGCCAAACCAUACUUGUGGAGGAGCAAAUAUUUGGGCUGAUGUUGGUAGUAGUAGUGAGUUAUUCUGUUCAGCUGGAUCAUUUUGUCCAACUACCACCAGCAGAUUAACUUGCAGUAGUGGACAUUACUGCAAGAUGGGUUCUACAUCCGAGAAAAGCUGCUUCAAGUUGACUUCGUGUAAUCCAAACACUGCAAAUCAAAAUAUUCAAGCAUAUGGAAUUAUGCUUUUGGCUGCUUUAAGUACUCUGCUACUCAUCAUUUACAACUGUUCUGACCAAGUUCUAACCGCUAGGGAAAGGAGACUGGCCAAAUCCAGGGAAGCAGCAGCCAGAAGUGCAAGGGAGACAGCAAAUGCACGCCAGAGGUGGAACGCAGCAAAAGACGCUGCUAAGAAGCACGCAAGUGGAUUGCAAGCUCAUCUAUCACAAACUUUUUCUCGAAAAAAAGGAGCAACACAUACCGAAAAACUUAAGUUUUUGGAUCAAGUUAAAUCUGAAAUGGAUGAUGAUCCAUUGCCACCGCCACAUCCAAGUACUUCUGGUGCAUCUCUGGCCUCAAGUGCAUUAUCAAUAGAAAAGAAAACGGAACCCAGUGACCUCAUGCAGGUGAUGCACAAAAUUGAACUUGACCCUGAUAGUUAUCCAGGUUUUGAUAUUGGAACUGGAGAUAAGAGCAUUCAAGUACAAGUGCCAAAGGGUAAACAAACUCAUAGCCAAAUUUUUAAGUAUGCAUAUAAUCAACUUGAGAAAGAGAGAGCUCAGCAGCAAGAAAAUGAGAAACUUACCUUCUCAGGAGUAGUUAAACUGGCUACUAAUACCGAAAUUAGGAAAAGGCCUCUAAUUGAGAUUUCUUUCAAAGAUCUGACCCUUACCUUGAAAGCAAAAAACAAGCAUUUAUUGAGGUGUGUAACUGGGAAAAUCAAGCCUGGCCGCAUUACUGCGGUCAUGGGUCCAUCUGGGGCUGGAAAAACAACAUUUCUUUCUGCUGUAGCGGGAAAAGCAAUUGGAUGUAAAAUGACUGGUUUAAUUCUUAUAAAUGGAAAGAAUGAUUCAAUCCACUCUUAUAAGAAAAUCAUUGGUUUUGUGCCACAAGAUGAUAUUGUGCAUGGAAACUUGACAGUGGAAGAGAAUCUCUGGUUCAGUGCAAAGUGCAGACUAUCCACCGAUUUGUCAGAAGCAGAUAAAGUUCUAGUUGUUGAAAGAGUUAUUGAGUUCUUGGGGCUUCAGACAGUGCGGACAUCCUUGGUUGGAACGGUGGAAAAGCGAGGAAUCUCUGGAGGCCAGCGGAAGAGAGUAAAUGUUGGAUUAGAAAUGGUCAUGGAACCUUCACUUUUGAUCUUAGAUGAACCCACAUCUGGUUUGGACAGUGCAUCAUCUCUGCAACUUCUUAGAGCACUUCGACGUGAAGCUCUUGAAGGGGUAAAUAUCUGCAUGGUGGUUCACCAACCAAGCUAUGCCUUGUUCAAGAUGUUUGAUGAUUUGAUACUUCUAGCAAAAGGUGGUCUUACUGUCUAUCAUGGACCAGUGAAGAAAGUUGAAGAAUAUUUUUCUGGCCUUGGGAUCAAUAUCCCAGAGCGUGUAAAUCCUCCAGAUCACUUUAUUGACAUUUUGGAGGGUAUAGUGGUACCUGGAGGCAGCUCAGGAGUGAGUUAUACAGAACUUCCGGUCAGAUGGAUGCUUCAUAAUGGGUACUCAGUACCCCCUGAUAUGCAGCAGAAUGCUGCUGGACUUGCUAGGUCUUCGAUGGAUGUAACUCCAUCUAAUGGAACAAAUCCCGCUGGUAUUGGAAUGGAGGAAAAUUCUUUUGCUGGAGAGAUAUGGCAAGGUGUGAAAAGUAAUGUGGAGAUGCGGCGGGAUAAGAUACAACACAAUUUUUUGAAGUCCAAGGACUUAACAAGCCGGAGGACUCCAGGUGUACUCCAGCAAUAUAAAUACUUUCUUGGGAGGGUUGGUAAGCAGCGACUACGGGAAGCUAGAAUACUAGCAAUGGAUUAUCUGAUCUUAUUACUUGCUGGAGCUUGCUUAGGAUCACUUGUUAAAGUGAGCGAUCAAUCCUUUGGUGCUGCUGCUUAUACUUAUACCAUCAUUGCAGUUUCUCUUCUAUGCAAAAUUGCGGCGUUGAGAUCAUUUUCUCUGGACAAAUUACACUACUGGAGGGAGAGUGCCUCUGGAAUGAGCAGUUUGGCUUAUUUUCUCUCAAAGGAUACAAUUGACAAUUUUAAUACAGUGAUCAAACCUGCAGUAUAUCUCUCUAUGUUUUAUUUUUUCACAAACCCAAGAUCUAGCUUUGCAGAUAAUUACUUUGUCUUGUGCUGUCUAGUGUACUGUGUAACUGGUAUAGCCUAUGCAUUGGCUAUCGUAUUCGAACCAGGCACAGCCCAGCUGUGUUCCGUUCUUCUUCCAGUUGUUUUAACUCUCAUUGCAACUCAGCCAAAAGAUAGUGAAUUUAUGAAGAUUUUAGCUAAUUUGGGCUACUCUAAGUGGGCUUUGGAAGCAUUUGUCAUUGCAAAUGCUGAAAGGUAUUAUGGUGUAUGGCUGAUAACUCGUUGCGGUUCGCUUCUGAAAGCUGGAUAUAACCUUCAUGAUUGGACUCUUUGUAUAGGCAUCCUCAUCCUCGCUGGGAUAGUUAGUCGUGUGAUAGCAUUUUUUUGUAUGUUGAUCUUCCAAAAGAAAUGAGAGAUCAGGCUUAUAACCAUUAUUUUGCUGUACUACUUAUACACACACAGCCAUGGAAUGCUGCUUUGAGAGGAUUGAAUUAACCAUUAAAUGUCUCAUGAAAAUGAGAUGAAGAUGCUCAAAAUUAUCAGUUCAAUCUUGGCUCACAUUGACAGGAGAAAUCAUGUAAAAGGCGUUUUACCAAAUCAUUUUGAAUGUAUAUAAUAUAUAAUUUAAUGGUGCAAUGAGGUUUUGUUACU